AUGUCUCAAGAAGGAUUUAAAGGAUUUGAGGCUGACCCUAACAUCUCUAUGCCUGUUGUGGAAUCUAUAGUAUCUCUGGUGAAGUCCUUGGGCUUGGAUGUGAGUGGCGAUGAUGUAGAAGAAGCAAAUUUUAAAGAGAGACCAGCAACAGAUGUCUCUGGACACAUUGGUCCAGUGACUCAAGCUGGUCCUAGUGCCAGUAAAAAGCAAAAAGGGGAAGUAACCUCAGAUAACGCUGAGAGGGAGAGUGACAAAAGCCAUCUCUUCAACUUUGAAGGGCUUCGUAAGAAAAGAUACUGGUUGAAGGAAGUGCUCGUUGAUUCAGACAGUGAUGAUGACGAUGAUGAUUCAGAAUUCACCCAGGAAUACCUUGAAAACAUGUUGAGGGAGCACAGACUACGGAAGCAUGACCAGUCACACUUCUAUCAGAAUGAGGAUAACCGAGGGUACCUGUAUUAUAGUUCUGGUCUCUUAUCUCGUGUGGAUAAGUUUCCUGAACAUCAGCGCUUUAUGGCUGGAUCAAGACGCAAGAAAAAUAAGGAAAAAAGAGAAAAAGAGAAGCUGAAAAAAAUUAAGAAAGAAGAAGAGGAGGAUGAAUUUGAUGUAGACAGUCCUUUGGCACAGAAUGAGGACAGUUUACAUAGUUUCCCUGAUGAUGCCUCUGAUGAUCUGACCAUUCCACUGAAGGGACGAAGUCGUGGUAGUAAAAAGGAUAAAAAACCCAAGAAAUUAGAUGCUCAGGCACUUGCUAUGCGACGACAUAAGCUUUGGGUUUUAAUGGCUAAAAAGGAAGUGGGUAGGUGCCAGAAAUCAAAAGCUUCAUUAAGGAAGGAAGUUCUCCAAAACUGUAAAAGAAUAGCAACUGGAUGUAUGCGUGUUUGUCGACAAAAAGCCUUACAGAGUCAGAAAAGUGUCAAGGAUAAAGUGUGGAUGCUGAAACGUCUUACACGAACAAUGCAGGCAGAAUGGAAAAAGUUUGACAGAAUUCUGAAGGAGCAGAAUCGAAGAGCAGAAAGGGAAGCUGAAGAACAGAGGAAAAUGGAUAAGGAAAUUUUGGAGGUGAAGAGACAGCAACGUAAAGUGAAUUUCUUGAUAACCUUACCUGAGCUCUAUGCACAUUUUAUGAAGAACAAAAUGGGAUCUUCCUCACUAGAUGAUGAGGAUACAAAUAAUAUUCUGAAGCAGUUAGAAGAUGAUGGUCCUAUGCCUUCUUCCUCGGCUGAUGAUUAUGAUUGUGAGGCUAUGAAAGCCCAGGCUUUGAAGACAGCUCAAGAAGCAUAUUCCAAUCAGCAGGCAAGGUUAAACCAAUUUUCAGGUGACCAGAAUGAAGGUAUAUGCUUGGGUGGUGGUAGAGAAGCUAAAGAGCAUCCCCAGCCUCGCAUAUUCAAGGGAAUUCUGAAGAGCUACCAAAUGAAGGGAAUGAAACUGGCUGGCUAA